AUGUCGAUUAAAACUAAAAAAAUCAAAAUACUUCAAAAUGAAUGUCGAAUAUGUGGUGCUCCUGCUGAAUAUACUCAUUUUGGUGUUAUUUCAUGUACUCCAUGCAAAAUGCUCUUUAAACGAAAUACCAAUACUGAAAAGAGAGCAUUCGUAUGUAACUUCAAUGGUCAAUGUGAAAUAAAUAUAAAUAAUCGUCAUACAUGUUCAUCAUGUCGACUUGCUAAAUGUUAUAAAUGUGGAAUGAGCAUUGACAAACUUCAAGAAUCAAGAUAUUGUAAACCAAAAAUAAAAGCUUUAGUUAAAGUACAAGGACAACAACAACCAGAGAGAGUACGAUUAUUAAAUCAAACUGACAGAAAUAAAAUUAUUGAAGACAUUUUUUUUUCAUUUCUUCAAUGUCAAUCUCAAUCACUUAGAAAAUUCUCACGAUAUUGA